AUGACGACCGACCUGGAUGAAUUUCAAUACCCUGCCUCCUUCGCCAAGCUCCAAGCCUGUGAUGCGGGCACCAUGGCGACGAAACUGAAAAACUGUUUUGCCUUCGUGACUGACAAUAGCUGGUGCAAUGGUGCCUAUUGGAUUCACGGCUGGACCAAGGACUUCACUUGCCCCGACUCUUCAUAUCUGACCUUGGCUCUUACAGGCCAGGGUGGGUCACCUUGGGAGACCAAAUCUACACCACGGCCGGCGCUGGGCGGGCGUGAACAACCUCAACACAACAUUCAGCCAAACAAGCUGUUGGCUCGAUCCAGAAUCUCGCCAGCUGUGGUCAUUCGUCACCGCAUUUGGUCGCCUCAACUAUUACUGGGUGCGGCACGGCGGCUUGAUUAUAACCUCGCAGGGGUUAUUGCCGAUGCUCACACGUCCUCCGCCUUCACAAACAGAACUAUCCUGGAAGCGACACAAUUUACAUUUGUGGAGAGCGUCCGAUCGACAUACAUCUAUUACCACGUUGCCCGGUCAGAUUAG